AUCUUUUCAGACUCUAACGAUUUUAAAUUCUUAUCACAAAGUGCGCGCCACAUAAAAUAUUUUAUCGUAUACGUAGACGUAUAAAGAGAUAGGAUUUACAGUUGUUUGGGACAGAAAGAAGAGCACAGAUAUCACAAUGGUUCAAGUACGAUGAUUACGAAUAUUUUCACGGGUGUUAGAGCACGAGACGAUUGCGUAAGAGAGGAAUCUUCUGUACCACAGAAGAACAUCCCUCCUUCUACCGCUCUGGGAUCUUCUCUUUCUCCGUUCGUCUGAUGUGGGAGCCCCAAGAAAGAGAGACUCUCAAGAGUCCCCCCUUUUUCUCGGCUGAUGUCUAAAGCCAUAUAUAUAUAUACCACCACCUCGUGGAACAAUCUUUUAAGAAAGAUACUCUGGAAGUAGAAUCGUCGAAUCUGAAGAGUAAGUGCAGUUCAACAAAAAAACUGAAAAGACAAGGAACACGGGAAGAUAAAUGAUCACCACGCUGUACGACACUGCGGAUUAAGGGGAUCAGAUUUUUCGGAAAGAUGAUUUCAAGGUAUCAAGUAAUCUGCGCUCUUUUGCUUCUUGGUGCGGUUUUACUCUAUGAAACAAUGGCGCAAGUGGAUGGUUACACACCUGGCGUAGACUAUCCAAUUUACAAUUCGGUGCCGUUCGGACUUGCGUUUACCUGUGGAGGAAAGUUACCUGGAUACUAUGCCGAUCCCGAAGCCAGAUGUCAGGUAUGGCAUUGGUGCUUGCCAAAUGGACGUCAAUUUAGUUUCCUUUGCCCGAAUGGUACAGUUUUUAGUCAAACGACACGCGUUUGCGACUGGUGGUUUAAGGUGGACUGCCAGGACUCACCGAGACUUUAUGGUAACAAUGACGAGCUUUACAGAGACGUGAAUGGAAAUAAAAUUUAACUACUCCCACUAUACUUUUUUAUAUAAAUAGUUGUAUGUACAUUAAUAAAUCCUUUUAUAUAUAAGAUUCUCGCGAUCAUCGCUAUUGAAGAUAUCGAAGAUUCGUCUGGAAAGGAAAGAAUGAAGAUAAUACACAAAUCCCUAGCUUGCCGAUGCAGUAGAAAAGUAACGAGGAUGUCUGCCUUAUUUAUCGCUGUUAAAUAAAAUAGAGUUUGCAAAAAUCAUCAGAAA